AUGCACAUGUACUUUUGUCAUGCACAGGCAAGUCAGCGACAGAAGGCAGCUGCGCCCACACAGCCAGACCCCGAUGACCCACUCCGCGAGCAGUAUGGUGACACGCCACUUGUUCAGAGCAGGACACAGAGCGGAGAGAAGUACUAUCAGAUCUCAGAACUGUCACCAGAGCUGUCUGGACAAAAGGUGUUGCUGAGAGGGCGAGUACACAAUGUACGAGGCAAAGGCAAGUCGUGCUUCCUGGUUCUCAGACAGCAGACCGGGACAGUACAGGCUGUACUGUUUGUGGACGACAAGACAGUCAGCAGGGGCAUGGUGAAGUACACGUCUGCGAUCCCCAAGGAGUCCAUUGUCGACAUCAGCGGGGAGGUGCACGUGCCUCAGGAGCCUGUGGCGGGCUGCACCUGCUCACAGGUGGAACUGAAGGCGAUGAGCGUGAAGUGUGUGUCGCGUGCGGCGCCACUGCCGUUUGAAUUGGCGGACGCGUCGCGCAAGGAGGAGGACCUGCAACGGGAGGACGCGCAGUUUGCCACGGUGACCCAGGACACGCGUCUGGAGAACCGGUGGAUUGACCUGCGCACGCCCGUCAACCAGGCCAUCUUCCGCGUCCAGUCCGCCGUCUGCCAGCUGUUCCGGGAGGCGCUGCUGGCGGAGGGGUUCCAGGAGAUACACACGCCCAAGCUGAUCGCGGGCGCGUCCGAGGGUGGCGCGUCCGUCUUCCGCCUGGACUACAUGGGCCGCGAGGGCUGCCUGGCGCAGUCCCCCCAGUUCUACAAGCAGAUGGCCAUCUGCUCCGACAUGGCCCGCGUGUUCGAGCUGGGGCCCGUCUUCAGGGCGGAGAAGUCGUUCACUCACCGGCACCUGUGCGAGUUCACGGGCCUGGAUCUGGAGAUGACCAUCAAUGAGCACUACAACGAAGUGCUGGACGUCCUGGACCGCCUCUUCGUCUACAUGUUCGACGGCAUCAAGUCCCGCUGUGCGGCUGAGGUGAAAGCCAUUCAGGAGCAGUUCCCCUCGGAGCCUCUGGCCUACCUGCCAAAGACGCUGCGGAUACCCUUUGAGGAGGGCAUGCGCCUGCUGCAGGAGGCCGGCUUUGAGCCUGACCCUCUGGGGGAUUUGACGACGGAGCUGGAGCGGAACUUGGGCAAGAUUAUGAAGGAGAAGUACAACACUGACUUCUACAUCCUCUACCGCUACCCCCUCGCAGUGCGGCCAUUCUACACGAUGCCAGACCCGGAGGACGCGCGCUACAGCAACUCAUUUGACGUGUUCAUCCGCGGCGAGGAAAUCAUCUCCGGCGCACAGCGCGUCCACGACGCAGCCCUCCUCACAGAGAGGGCGCAGGUGCACGAGAUCCCCCUGGAGAGCAUCCAGUCGUACAUCAAUGCGUUCAAAUUUGGCGCGCCUCCGCACGGCGGCUUUGGCGUGGGCCUGGAGCGCGUGGUGAUGCUGUUCUGCGGCCUGGACAACAUCCGCAAGACCUCCCUCUUCCCCCGCGACCCCAAGCGUCUUACGCCCUGAUGGCCGCGCACCGUACAGUCACUUUGUAACAGUCAAGAAAGAUCUUUGGUCAUGAUCAUGAUGGCUCUGGCGUUGUUACUAUGUUGUUGAAGGACUUGAGAAGAUGUGCUAGGAUGCAAGCCUGAGUGCAUUUCAAGGUAGUAUGAGAUCUUAUCAUUGGAUGUAAACACUGAUUUUCUUC